UCCACAGAACAGCUGGACUGAUAUGAAACAGAGAAGGAGAGGGGACAUGCCAGGUGUAAUUCUUUUUCUACCAGAAGACUGCAGUCACUUCAGCUCCUUCCUUUCACUUCCCACACACACACACACACACACACACACACACACAUCCUCACCACAGAAACAUCGGGCAGAAGGAAUGGAUCGAGGAGUCAGAGCAUAAAUAACAAGGAGCAGGGGUGGCUCUGUAGGAGGAACAGGGGUGUGGUGGAGGGGGCUUUGAGUAAAGAGUGGGAAAAAGAGCCCAAAAAACGAACGAGUCAGAGGAACAUGGAAAAUCCCUGGUUCCCAUGCCAAGAAUCUGGCACACACACACACACACACACACACACAGACAGUGUAUCUGAGAGCCUGCUGGGAGCUCAGAGCAGAGGAGAAGGUAGUGAUAAAAAUAAUCAGCGUGGCUCAGCUUCGGAAAGCCAGAUUGGGGAGAAUUCUCUGGGCUUUCUUGCUAUCUCUCUGACACUUGUAACAUACUUUCUUUUUGGUCAGAAACACCUACAUAGGAUGAAAAAAGUCUUCUAAUUGUAUUUGAAACAGCUGCAUUGCAUCUUGGGAGGCAGAAAAAGCUCACACGAUAGUAGCACAUAUUCAUUUUUCCAUUAUCUUGUCUUCUUGGGAACACUUUAACCUCCUCGAAAACCUUUCAUCUCUUGGGUUGCAGAUUUGAGUUUUCCCCUAUUGUAUGUUGAAAUGCUUACAAGGAAGGAACCAAUUGAAAGUGUAUAGUUAAAAAAAAUAUACUCAUGUUAAACCAAACUGGAUCUAAAGGGACAAAAGCUGGAAGACAAUCAUGAAUAAUUCAGCAAACACUUAAGCAAACCGGUUAUACUGUGGUUGUGAUAAUCACCACUUGCCUGCAGCCACAUUACCGCUUACUGUGCAUGUCAACAGUUUUCCUUUCCCUGCCUGACGCUUGCGAGUGGCGCAGCUGCUAUCUAUAGCACCGCUCUAUUUUCAGACCGUGCAGACAGGACGCAAUGGAACCCUUGCAAACCUUUAUUUACCGGCCACUUCUGGGGAAAAAAUGCCUCAUCUACACCCGAGGCACACACUGUCUUGUCACUUGAGAGCCUGUUUAAGGAAGAGGAAAGACCCGGGGUUUAAGAGAUCAUGGAAGCGCCCGAAGGCCUGGAGGUCGACCGGGAUAUUCAUGCCGAGAAUGCAACCCUCGGUCGGGAGCGACAGGCAGGCUGGGUGAGAGUGAGGGUGGAGCAGAGCUGGUUCACCGUGGAGCGGGCCUUGCUGGCGAGUUCCAGCAACUACUUCCACGCUCUCUUCCACUCUGGGAUGGUAGAAAGUCUCCGGGACGAGCUGCACCUGAAGGGAGGGGUGCGUGCAAGGGGCUUCCUCAUCGCCCUCGCCGUCUGCAGGGGCGAGAUUCCCACUAUCACCGAACCCGAUGAACUCGUCGAAGCUGUCGAGUGCGCCGCUUUCCUACAGGUUCCGUGUUUGGUGCAGCAUCUUUGCGACAUUAUCGACUCGGACAACUGCCUCCUGCUUUACCACGCCGCCUCCAUCUUUGGGGUGCAAGCGCUCUUUCACAAGGCAGCUCUUUUCCUUUGUGACGCUUCUGAAGAUCUUAAGGAAGUGGCAGAGAGCACAAUUCCUGAAGAACUCAUUGAAUACUCUCAAUCAUUGUCCCCUACUUCCUAUAUUGCUAUAGGCACACACACGCCUUCAAUGGAGCUGCUGGCCGACUCCUUCAGGGUUAUUUGCUACCUUGAUGAAAAAGAGGGAGAGUGGAAGCAUCUGACGAACCUUCCGACUCUGUGUAGCACGUCCAUGGCUGGAGUGGCGGUGCUUGACAAUCGACUGUACAUUGUUGGGGGAGUUUACGGUUAUGGCAAGGACACGGUGGACGCCAGCUUCUGCUACAAUCCCGAGUCAGGGGUUUGGACUGCUCUUCCAGGUCCCCAGCAACCAAGAUUUGACUUCACUCUGCUGGGGCAUGAUGGACGACUCUAUGCCAUUGGUGGAGAAUUCCAAAAGCGGACCAUUUCCACGGGAGAGACUUACGACGUUGGGAAGCGAGAGUGGACAUUUAUACAACACGCGCCAAGGCCUGUAGCGUCCGCCGCUUGCGCUGUGGCAAGACGGCGGAUGUUCGUUUGCUUCUGGAAACCACCAGACACCACAGAUAUCUAUGAGUACAUACCAGUGAAAGAUGUAUGGAAACUUGAAACAACGAUGAUCAAACCUCAAAGCUACGGCCACUGCAUGGCGGCUCACAGGGACAACCUGUACGUGAUGCGCAACGGGCCUUGUGACGACUUCCUGCGCUGUCUGAUGGACUGCUACAACAUCACAACGGGCCAGUGGACAGCCAUGCCCGGACACUACAUCAACAGCAAGGGGGCACUGUUCACCGCGAUGAUACGAGGGGACUCCGCGUUCACAGUUAAACACAUGCUGACGCUUGAAUACGCCAUCGCCGGGAACGUAUGGAAGCCCCGCAGGCAGAUGAAGGGGUUCCCAAAGAGCGGCUCACUGUGGACCUGUUUACUCAGGCUGCCCAAGACGGGACCAGUCACACCACAGCUGGGCGCAGAAGGGAAGGAAGAUGAAAUGUCUUUGCCAGACACAUCUGAGGGAUUUGAGGAAGCCGUACCGCACCCGUGAAAUGACUGCAAACCUGAAAAACAAUGCCACGUUUUUGAGGGGAAGUGUCUAAGAAUAAAAUACUCUGGUGACUGCAUAGUGACACAAGUGUUCCUCGUUUCAGUGCCUUCACUUUUCACAUGCACUCACGCUUGCACACGUGCUGACACUAAGCAUUUGUUCUGAUUAGCAACAGCUGCUACUGUAGUUUAUGUUAGAGGGAGGCCACUAUCCGUGUGUGUGUGUGUGUGUGUGUGUGUGUGUGUGUGUGUGUGUGUGUGUGUCCAAAGUUCAAAGGCACUGACGGGAUGUUCUAAACCCCUCGUUCGACAUUUUUCCUGAAGUCACACUGGGCCAAUUCAGGAGUCCACCGGCCUUCCAGUCGACAUAAAACACACCACAGCUCUCUCACACACUCUCGGAUACUCACUUCCACAGGUUUCUUGCCCCCUGAGUGAUUAAAUACCUGUUUCUGUGGGAGAAUAUGUUUCACGUAGCCUCAGGGUUGUGGCUCUGAGGUUUGUGGGAAAUGCUUUUGGCUUGUAUGACCGCAGACUGCAUUUCUUUUAGUAUAUUAAAAAGCCAAUUUCCUUGGCAAGAUGUGAUUUCAAACAAUACUUUAUGUUUAUCUUUAGUUAUACUACUUACUGUCACUUUAAAAGUGGCACUGUGUAGUUUUAGAGAAACUAAGAAUUGUA